GGAAAGCUAACAUCAGCUCCAGUCUUAGGAUUUGCAGACCCCCAACUUCCGUAUGUCCUACAUACAGAUGCCAGCACUGUUGGCCUUGGGGCUGCAUUAUAUCAGGUUCAAGAUGGUCAAUCUCGAGUCAUAGCUUUUGCGAGUCGAGGACUUUCAAAGAGCGAGAGGAAGUACCCGGCUCAUAAGCUCGAAUUCUUGGCCCUUAAGUGGGCAGUCACAGAAAAAUUUUCUGAUUACCUAUAUGGUACAGACUUCACAGUAGUGACUGACAGCAACCCACUGACAUAUAUUUUAACAUCCGCAAAGCUUGAUGCGACAGGGUACAGGUGGUUGUCCAGUCUUUCUACUUACUCAUUCAAUCUUCAGUACAGAGCCGGAAAGCAAAAUCUAGAUGCUGACGCACUCUCUCGCCGACCUCACGAUCCACCAAAGGAUGAUUAUGCAUCCAAGAAGGAGAGUGAGAGAAUCCGGCAGUUCACACUGUACCAUCUGAGCAAUCCUGACAAUCCAGAAACUGUUCCCAAGGAAGUGAUAAAGGCAAUUUGUGAACGUCAUAUGGUUACUUCAUCUCUAGCUGGUGUUCAAGCCGCCGCUCCUGGGUUGACAUUAGUUGAAUCCCUCACUCACCAGUCCACAGCCAUUCCCGACUGCUUCCAGCAGGAACAAGUGGAUGGGUCCCCUCUGGUCCAUUCAUUUUCAGAAGAAGAGUUGAGGCAAAAACAAACAUUAGAUCCUGCUAUCAAUGCAGUCAUUGUACUCUUGGAGACUGGUGAAACUCCAUGUCCCAGCCUUAGGUUGGAACUCCCAGAACUACCUUUGUUACUCAGAGAGUUGUCGCGGUUAGAGAUCCAGAAUGGAAUUCUCUAUCGUAAGCGAAAAGACGGUCCAAAUGUCUCAUAUCAGCUUGUGCUUCCUGAGGCGCUAAGAGCUACAGCACUUAGGAGUCUUCAUCAUGAUAUGGGCCACCUUGGAGUCGAACGAACGGUAGAUUUGGCAAGAACCAGAUUUUACUGGCCGAAAAUGUACAUGACCAUAGAUAAAAUGGUUAAAGCCUGUGAGAGAUGUGUUCGUCGAAAAACACAUCCAGAAAAAGCUGCUCCACUUAUGAACAUUAAAACCUACCGACCUCUCGAACUGGUGUGCAUUGAUUUUUCAUCAAUAGAGCCAGAUCGCGCAAACACUAAAGACAUUUUAGUAAUAACUGAUCAUUUUACAAAAUAUGCAGUGGCUAUACCAACUCAAAACCAGCGGGCACAGACCAUAGCAAAAUGCCUCUGGGAAAAUUUCAUUGUUCAUUAUGGUUUUCCUGAGAAGCUCCUUAGUGAUCAGGGUGCUGAUUUCGAAUCAAAAACCAUAAAAGAACUCUGUGAACUCAUUGGCAUGAGGAAAGUGCGCACAACCCCUUACCAUCCUAGGGGAAAUCCGGUUGAAAGAUUCAACCGCACUCUUCUUCAAAUGCUCGGAACACUUGAUAAGUCAGAUAAACUCCGCUGGAAAGACUUUGUCAAACCUCUGGUACAUGCUUAUAAUUGUACAAAGAGUGAUGUGACUGGAUUCUCCCCGUACGAAUUAAUGUUCGGGAGACAGCCCAGAUUACCCAUUGAUUUGAUUUUCAGAUUGCCCACCAAUGCUACUAAGCAGACUCAUUCUCAGUAUGUUGGCAAUUUAAAAUCUCGGUUGGAAGAAAGUUACCGUAUUGCUACUAGCAAGGCAGGGAAGAACGCAAGUCGCAAUAAAGCCAGAUUUGACCGGCGAGUGAUUGAAUCAACCUUGCAGACAGGAGACAGAGUUCUCGUACGAAAUGUGAAGCUGCGUGGAAAACAUAAAUUGGCAGACAAGUGGGAGGAGGAUGUUUAUAUUGUCCUCAAGCGAGCUGGAGAAAUGCCAGUUUACACAGUUAAACCAGAAAGUAAAGAUGGACCAGUGCGAACUCUGCACAGAGACUUGCUUCUGCCAUGUGGAUUCCUGUCAGUAGCUGCAGAAACUGAAACAGUCAAGCCUUGUCGAAACAGGAGGCCCAGAACAAGACAACGUCCAGUCGUCGAGAGUGAAGAGGAGAUCAUCUCAGAUUUGGAUGAUGUACCUGAUUGGACAUUCUUCCCUCAUGUUAUGUCAAAACCUGAUGCACAUGUCGUGGUGCCUGAAACUCACAAGUUGAGUGAGCCUCCUUGUGCAGUCCGACACUCAGCAGAAACAGAGGAGUCUGAAAAUUCCCUCUCACCUGAUGCUCCAACAACUCAAUCCCUUGUAAGAGAUGGAAGUACUGGAGAUAUUCAGGGUGCAUCAAGUGUCAACUCACCUGAAAAUGUCAACUCACCUGAAAGUGUCAACUCACCUAAACAAGACAGAUUAUCCGAAGCAAACGUUUCACCUGAACUGAACUCAGUAAACAGAUCCCCUCAGUGUUUCGAUUUGCAGCAAUCUGAAGAAACUCCUCCAGAUAAUGAGAUGAGCUCAGAUGCAGCAUGCAAUGAUGGGUUUUGUGAAGUAAAUGAACCUGUCACUGCCCAGCCUGAACCUUUAAAGUUUCAGACUGAUGGACUUCAAGAUGCUGAAACAUCUCUCCGUCGAUCUCAAAGAGUGCACACAAAGCCUAACAGAUUAGAUUAUGUAACACUAGGAAAUCCUCUGAUGAUGGUGGUGAAUUCUCUGUUCCAGGGUCUAAGUGAUGCAUUGACUAGCUCCUUGAAUGGUUUUGAGAAUGUAUCCCAUAAUUCCGUCAGGCAUCCUUAAGCUGUGUGACUCCAUGUCACAUUGCAGAUGCCCAGGGACGGGCAUACCCUUCAGAGGGGAGGGUGUAACCCACAUAAAGUGGGUAUGCCACUUUAAGAGAAGAGGUUAAGGAAGCUGGGUGGUCUGCCUGGCCAAUGAGAAGUUUAGUUUCCAGAGCGUCUGGACCAAUCAGGGUGCAGGCUGCCGUUGUGGAUCCCGCCCUUCUCCCCCGGGUCUGCAGUACCGUUGGUUUUGCUCUAGAGAUCCGACGCGGUGAGACUGCUGAGCGGGGCAGCGCCAGAAGCCGUUAGGAAUCGUUGGCUCUUUCUGGCAGUUAUUUCAGCUUGUUCUUCGUAGAUAAAAGGUAAAAUUUAGGCUUUAACAUAAUUUUAUUUUAUUAAGUUUAUAUUAUUUAGAUCAAAUAUGCCUUGUUACAUCGUUUAGUGCCCCACGCAUCCGGAUUGAGACCCACUCACUAUACGGUUGUCUGAAGUGUGUCGCACUGAGAUCGGUGAGCAUAUUCGGAGCCUUUUAUUUGUGUUUUUGUCGUUUGUUACAUUGUUGUUAAAAAAAAAAUAUCCGUUGUUUUAGUAACUAGGUAAUGUUUUGUUACUGUGUUGGAAAGAAGGAUUAAAGCUAGAACGGCUUGGUAAAGUCCUGUAUUUCUGCUGGUCCUGUCUGUUGACAGGUCAGGUUUUUUUUUUAUACUGGAUCAUUCCUGAAGAGGAUCCCUCCUUUGAUAUUGAUGGCGAGCCUUCCCACCUGGACCUAAAGAGAGAACCAGAUUUCGUCUAUCCCAUUUGGAGUCAUGCUGCACCCUGCGGUGUGGUAGGAGAGCAACAUACAUCUUCACACACGGUUAUGGGUGAAACCUACAACUGACAUUCUCCAUUAUUAUUGUUUUUUUUUAAUUUAUUGAUUUUUGGACAAUACUGUUUGGAUUGUUUUAUUUCGGACAUUGUGACGCACAGCUGUGGUGGAAAUUCUCCUGUGAAUGAAGUUGAAUCAAACCAAAUUGGGAUUAAUUUGAUUAAUCUGCUGACUAAUACAAUUUGGAGUGCAGAUUACCAGGGUGCACCCGAAUUAUUUGAAAUUAAGAAUUAGCACUUGGCCAAGUAUUAUUGUUAUUUCUUUUUUUUAUUUUAUUGUGUGUAAUUUUAUUUUCAUAAUUGUGUGUUUUGUGCAACUGUUAAUUGUGUGUUUUCUGUCACUAAAACCAGUUCUUUAAAUACA